AUGGACGGCGUGGAUAACAUCAAAAUGGAUUCAAAGAGAAGCAGUUUUCAGUCUGAAAACCAAUUCAUUGAGAAGCCGCUGUACGCAGUGGGAAAAACCCAAGCAUACCUGCUUUCGCUGGUUGCGCCAACUCGUGAGAUCAUCCUGAUCAAGCCUUACAACCAAGUCGUUGAAGAGAGACUACUAGCCGAGAUUCGGAGGACGACGAAGCGCGAUUCCACAGGCAGCUACGAGUAG